CUUUCCAGAUCAAACACAUGAAUAUACACCAAUCUGCCACAAUGUUAAAAUCACUGAUGGCUGGACAUUUUAAACCAUUGAUCAGAUUUUCUCAGUGCAAUGUGCACUUCUAAAUCUUUUUGUUUUUGUUUCAUGAAAUAUUUUAUCUCCAAAUUUAUGGAAAAUGCCUCAAUUUUUGGCUUUGAUAGAUUUAGGACUAUUUUAUAUCUUGCAGAGGUGUCAGCAUUUUUUGAUAUCUUCUGUUCAUGUCUAAAGAAAGGUCAACAUUUCACUUUGUUUCCUUCCUGCUGAAGGGUUUAUUAUUUUCCAACAGCACAAAACAAGGACUGACAGAGACUCAGGUUGAUCAUUUAUUCACUCGAAACUGCUGUUUCUCCUUAUCUACUUCUCUCUGUCUGGUAUUAUUCCAGGUACAUUGCAGAGUGAUUAAAUAUUAUCCUACCUGGGAAACAGCAGCGUGGUCAAAGAUGAAAACACAGUUUUCCAUGAAUCCGUGAAUCACUCGUUUUUAAACGGGAAUCUCCUCAUUCAGACACACUCCUUAAUACUGUUGUUUUUGAAUUACAACAUCAAAGGGACAGAAAGAUGGACCAAGUUAGAGGACAAACAGGUAAGUUGAAUUAUUCAUUCGUUAUCCAUAUCCCAUAUUUCCUUAAGAUUGUUUUUUUUAAUCUUCAAGUAUUUUCCUAUAAUAUUCUUUUAUUUAAACUUUUCCUUGUAAUAUAUAUUAGCUUAUUUUUUUUUCAUAUUUAUUUUCUGCCUCUUUAGCUCUUUGUCUUGUGAAAUCACUGUGACGUGUAUUUUUCUUUUUAUAGCCUCUUUGUCAUCCAUGGACAGUAUUUAAAUUUCUGUUAUAUUCUUUGGACAUUUUUUUAUCAUAGAGUGACCUAAAUAUUUCCAAGGAUAUUUCAUAUGCACUAUCAGCAUCUCUUUCUUGGUAGAUCACACCCCAGUUCUGUUCCAGUAAGUCAUUCUUUAGUGCAUUGAUGAAUUCCUCUGACCUCACUCGUCUGUAUUGUAUUUGUUUGUUUGACUUAUUAUUCCAGAAAAUAUCAUGAUACAGUGUGAAAACAGGCAGAUGAUGACUGAUAUCAUUCAUUAAUAGUCCACUUACUGUGUUACUGUCAAUGUCAUGAGUGAAUAUAUUAUGUAUUAGAGUGGCACAAUGGGAUGUAAUUCUGGUGGGUCUGGUGAUUUUUGGAAACAAGCUCAAACUGUCCAUCAUAUUGACAAAUUCAUUUAUUUUUUAGGGGACAACUACUCAUACUUGGUCAUAAAUAUUUCUAUGAUUUAUUUGCAAUAUUUGUGUUUUUCUAAUAGUGUUUGAGGCUGUGAUGACAUAUUACCUGACAUAUUAUUCUCAGCAGUAUUUAUGAUUGUUUUUUUUUUGUUUUUGUCACACUAGCAUUUCAGAGCAAAUGUGGAAAUAUACACCAAUCUGCCACAAUGUUAAAAUCACUGAUGGCUGGACAUUUUAAAACAUUGAUCAGAUUUUUUCAGUGCAGUGUGCACUUUAUAAUUUUUUUUAUUUUCAUUUCAGGAAUCGUUUUAUCUCUAUAUUGAUGGAGAAUGCCUCAAUUUUUGUCUUUUUCUUUGAUAGACUUUGGUCUAUUUCAUAUCUUGCAGAGGUGUCAGAUUUUUUGAUAGAUAUCUUCUGUUCAUGUCUUAAGAAAGGUCAACAUUUGCCUUUCUUCCUUCCUGUUGAAGCAUUUAUAAUUUGUAUAUCUGUCCAACAGCACAAAAUAAGGAAUGACCGAGAUUCAGGUUAAUCAUUUAUUCACUCAAAACUGCUGUCAUAGUUUCUUGAGAUUAAUGUUGGUUGAAGUGACUUCAGUUCCAUUUAUUCAGACAUCAUGAUUUCACGGAUCCAGGAGUUGUAUUUGCAGACCUUGGUGUAGACUCCAGGCGUGUUCUUCCAGAUGCAGUCUUCACCCCAGGACAUCAAACCCUGCAGCUGACCAUUGCAUACCAGGGGGGUUUGGAUGUCAUACUGACAGAGGAAAGACAAGGUAGUCCCAGUGGACAUGGGGGUGAUCGAUCAUCUUCUCAACGUCGAUGAUUUGCUCUGUGCCCUCACUGACACCAAGGUUGUGCUCACCAAGAUGCACCUUCAUGUCAGUGCUGAGAGAGUUGAAAAUGUAAAACGUGUGUUGAAGGGAAAAAAAUGCAGUCUGAACCAACAACAGUGGCUAUCCACAGAGAGCAGGAGCCACCACCCAGGUCCUGGAGAUCAGGGCGCCUGCACAAAAGCCGAAGCCAUAAUUCACAUACGCUAGAUGCAGCUCCUGUCCAGGAUGACAAGAUUAUCGGAGGCUAUGAGUGCAGGAAGAACUCUGUGCCUUACCAGGUCUCUCUGAACUCUGGCUACCACUUCUGUGGAGGCUCCUUGAUCUCAAGCAAAUGGGUGGUGUCUGCUGCUCACUGCUACGAGUCUUUCAUGCGGGUGGAUCUUGGUGAGCACAACCUUGCUGUCAAUGAGGGCACAGAGCAGGUCUCCUACUCUCUGAAGGUCCUCCCACACCCUGACUUCAGAGUCUUUAGCAUGGACAACGACAUCAUGCUGAUCAAGCUGAGCCCACCCAUCACCCUGAACAACUACGUCCGCACCGUUUCCCUGCCCACCAGCUGCGCCGUCACCGGCACACGCUGUCUGAUCUCUGGAUGGGGCUACACCAGCAACUCUGGAGUCAACUACCCUGAUCAUCUGAUGUGCCAGGAGGUCCCCAUCCUGAGCGACAGAAGCUGCACAUCUUCCUACCCUGAUAAGAUCACCUCCAGCAUGUUCUGUGCUGGAUCCCUCGAGGGAGGCAUGGGCUCCUGCGAGGGUGAUUUCGGUGGCCCCCUGGUGUGCAAUGGUCAGCUGCAGGGUGUGAUGUCCUGGAGUGAAGGCUGUGGCCUGAAGAACAAGCCUGGAGUCUACACCAAGGUCUGCAAAUACAACUCCUGGAUCCGUGAAAUCAUGAUGUCUGAAUAAAUGGAACUGAAGUCACUUCAACCAACAUUAAUCUUAAGAAACUAUGACAGCAGUUUCGAAUGAAUAAAUGAUUAACCUGA